AUGUACGCCGCUCAGAAUAUAACGCCAACAGUUUUGGAUGCUAUGAAUGGAAAUGUUUCCGAAUGGUAUAACGAAUGCGACAAUGCCAUUAGAAGGUCAGAAAUAGUUCCUGGAACUUACGAAUAUACAACUGCUGUUUCUUAUGGAAACGUAGGUGAGUUUGGAGAAGGUUCUUCAACAACAGUAGAUAUUGCUUGCGACAGGUUUCAUAUAAUUUCUAUUGACAACUCUUUCUUAUACGUGGAACAAGACAUUGAAAUAAAACCUUCUGCCAAGUUGUCUGACAAGAAGGUUGCAAUGGAAUUUUCUAUGUCGGAUACCAAUAUGCUCCAGAAGUUUUCAUGGGAUAUAAGAUAUAUUCUAACUCUGACUUAG